GCAAUCCAGCUGAUAAACAAAAACAAAUAGUGCGAAGAUUCCUCCGCCGUGCUUGUAUCAUUGCCCGGCCGGCAUUGUCAAUGAUAACUUCAGAUUGUGUUUUUCUGCCAUGGAGCUGAGCAACCAAACAACAGAAUAUGCCAGCCGUGUGGGGACCCACGACAUUGAUGGCAUCAUAUUCCCUGAAUUUGUCACUGAGCGUUCCCUGAGGAUUGUCAAAGACUAUGAAAUACGCGACGAUGACGUGUGGAUUAGUGCAUUUCCUAAAGCAGGGACGCAUUGGGUUGGCGAGAUUGCUAAACUUAUCCUCGUCGACGGGCACAAAGAGAAAAUCGACCGUUCCCAAAUGUCACACCCGAUUUCAUUUGACUCGUAUCUCACUGAGGUUUCCAUAAGUGAGAGGGCCAAAAAGUGGAAGUCGCCGAGGCAUCUGAACACUCACCUACAGGAGCACUUGCUUCCGACCCAGCUCCGUCAAGGCAAAGGAAAAAUCAUCUAUAUCGUUCGCAAUCCCAAGGACAGUGCUGUGUCAAUGUACUUCUUCCUCAAACCAAGAAAUUACGAGGACCUGAGUGAUUGGAACAGGUUCAUUGAGCUGUAUGGCACUGACAAAAUGAGAUGGGGUUCUUGGUAUUCUCAUGUACUUGGACACUGGAAGAAGCAGAGCGAGUACAGGAAUUUGCUCUUCCUGAAGUACGAGGAUGUGAAAGCUGACACCCGGGCAGCCAUUUUGAAGAUUGCAGAGUUCCUUAACCAUCCCUUGGACGAUGAAGCCUUAGAGCGGGUUCACGAAAACGCCUCCAUGAGGCAAAUGAAGAAGACGUACCGCGUGGCUGGGGAGAGUAAUUUUGGCAAGAAGGCGGUGACCAAUAAAAUCGGGGCUGCUCACUUAUUAAGAAAAGGUACUGUUGGAGACUGGAAAAAUCAGUUCACUGUUGCUCAAAACGAGGUCUUCGACAAGAUCUAUGCAGACAAAAUGGCGGGAUGUGGACUGACUCUGCAAUUCGAAUGAGAACAUCAAAGAACCAUCCAUUUUGUGAACAGCAGUUUGAUACUGGUAAUUUGAAACAAAGUUUCUAAAUUUUGUUUUGUUUUGUUUUUUUAAUUUAUAUUUUAUUUGGCUGCAUAUUCUUUUCUUUUCUUUUCAAACGCACUUAUUUUCUCUAAUUAAUUUCCAUUUUCUGAGUCAUAUUUAAGUUCUGAAUAAGUCAUUUUUAAGUGCAGCUGUAUCAUGAGUCACAUGUAAAUCAAUUGUGCAAAGAACAUUAAGCUAAGUUAUGAAUGAAAACAAAUUAGACUUUAUAAUGUAUUUAAAAGUUGACUGUUGUAUGAGCUUCAGAAAUUCAAUGAUCUUGGAAAAUACGAAUGAAAGAGGACUCAAACCCAGUGGCUCUAGACUACCAAUCCAGUGCCCUAUGCACCAAUCAUAGUCACAUCCGUUAUCUUUGCUGCCAGCCAACGGUUAUAACAUUGUAAUAUAUUGAAGAAUCAGGAAUCAUAAUUUAUAACAACAGUGCAUCGUGCAACAGUAUAUUUUUUUUAAUGUGAACAUCAGCAUUAGAGGCCUGCCAACUCUCUCACAUUGAGUGCGAGACUCCCGUAAUUCAGAUUAUUCUCACCCUCUCACGCCCACAUGAAAUGUCUCACUCUAAAAAAAAAACACCUCAAAAAUUAUUUUUAAACGAUGAUCUUUAGCUCAAAAAAAAUUGGUUAAAGUGGUCAGAAAUUGCCUCAGAUCACGUAUCACGUCAGAGAGCAUCUAUAAUCCAAAAUUUCCCGGGGCCCCCUAAGCGGGCCCUGAACCCCACGCCGUUAGCCUGGCUUCACGUUGCAUCAAGCUCCAUCACCAAAUUCUCACUCUCAGCACUUGACUCAAAGUUGGCAGCCCUGGCACUACCAAUCAAAAGUACAGGGCAAUCCAAGUCCGCAUACUGCCUGUAAAUUAUCCCAUUUUUCAGUAGAUGAAGUCUGCUGGCCAAGCCCCUCCCCAUUUCGGCAACCCGUCUAACACCUCCCGAUCACGACACCUAUAUAUUGUAUGUCAAAAUAGAAUUUAAUAGCUUUUCACUGCACCGGGGAGCCACCGCGGACCGGAGUCCCCUCCACAUUCCAGCAGAGUUUGUCACCCUGCACUAUCAGACUCAUCUGCUCCCACCGGUUCCGGCCAUCAAAUAUUAACUCCGGUCAUAAGUCAUUAAUGAUCCGACUCGGGAAUCCAAGACGAUUCCCGCGAGAUGGGAAGGAGGCUAGAACCAAAAGCGAUCAGGAAGUGAGUGAGAUUUUGACAGUUGGGGCUGACGGUUUGCAACCGAAGUCCCACGUAGAUGAACAAGGUGCUUGGGUCGACCUCACAUUGACGUCUUUUUCUACUUAUAUGGACAUUGGAGGAUUCUUGGAAGUGUGCAUUCUAUGACUGUAGACAUGCAUUAUUUUCCACGCCCAGUGGGGCAGGGUGUCCGUGUCAUUAUGUCCGUAGGUUAAAUUCCCGAAGGAUUGUCAUCACUUUUGACCAAUCAGAAACUCAAUUAUUCAGAAAAAACAGUUAGUGACUAACACUGUUCUCUUUUUUUGUAACUCUCAUACAUCUCUACAUGUAAAAGUUUCACAUUUUGUGGUUGCCAGAAGCCCAACACUUGCAGAUUUUAUUCCACGAAGUGCAAGUCAGGUACAUGUAGUUCGUUUCAGCACUUAAACCUCUAUAUAUCACAACUACCAACCCAUCCUUAAAACAAAAUUUUUAAAAUGACCAUUUUAUAUACUAUUUAGGUCAAUGUUACCACUUGGUACCAUUACAUCAGCAAUCUUGGAAAUACCCUGAAAUAUUUGUACAUAUGUAUCAAUAUAUGUAGAUUAUUUCAGUAUGUUGUAACUUUUUAAGUAUAAAAGGGGCUGUUAACAUCCCUUAAUAGUCCUGAGACGUAAUGACGUCACAGUUUGUUUACAUGUGUGCUUUUCUAUGUGGUAGACGGUCCCCACUUUGUCUGGCGUCCUGACUUCGCUCCCAUAGGAAAGCGCAUAUGUAAACAAAGCCAUUACGUCUCAGGUCUAUUGGCAAGUCAAGUGGGUUGAGUUCUUUGGUUUUGUUAAUUUUGUUUUUCAUUUAAAUAGACGUGCACAAUAAAGCUUCUACAUUUUGUAAUUAUAUUUAUUUGGUAUUUUUAAGUUGAAAAUUGGGGACAGAGCUGGUUACAUUUCCCCUGCCCCCCAAAAAAGGAACAUUUGUUUAAAAAAAUUAAUCACCAUUUGCAGUUGAAUAAAUUAACAAAAAAAGAAA